GUUGGUUUUCAUAAUAUAAUAUAUAUAUAUAUAUAUAUAUAUAUAUAUGUGUGUGUGUGUGUGUGUGUGUUUCUUUUAAGAAAUUGAUUAUUAUAAUUUGUUAAUAUCCAGUUUUCAAUCAUAUACUAGCUUCGAAUGUGCGAUUUUCUAAUAUCAUUUUUUUCUUUUGUCAGUGGCAGGGUGUAACAGAAAGAAUUGGACGAAGUUAUCUAGUGGAGGAAAUACAUUCCUACAUAUCUACCUUCUUUUGUCCCAAUUAUUUCAAAGUAAAAUGUCAAUUCGAACAAACAAAAUGAAAGCCGUAGGUGUGUUGAUGAAGCAAUUGGCAACAUCAAGGAGGAAAUUCCAUGAAAAAGGAAGAGAUGAAUCAUUUGAUGGGGAAUUGGAGAACUUGUGGUUGGUUCUGAACAAUAAGAGAUGAGAACUCUGAAGCAGUUAAAAUAUUUGAGUUUGCGUGGGAUAUCAAGAAUAUUCGAGCUUCCAUCCUCCAUUGCUAAACUUGAGAGUCUACUAAUUCUUGAUCUGAAAGCAUGUCAUAAUUUGGAAAGACUGCCUGAUGAUAUUUCAUCAAUGAAAAGUCUAACACAUCUGAUUAUGUCUGAGUGUUGCUUAUUGGAAGGCAUGCCAAAGGGGAUUGAGAAGCUCACUGAUCUCCAAGUACUCAAAGGAUUUUUAAUAAGCACUUCUAAAAAGACUCCUUGCAGAAUAUCAGACCUUGGAAAUUUGAAAAAACUAAAACGACUCAGCAUAAAUAUAGGAAGGGAGGCCAUGAUCAGGGAUAAAGAGUUUGAAAGUUUGAAAUAUUUUUCAGCACUUAAACAUCUCAAAAUAUCUUGGAGUGCGUCUGACCCAAGGUAUGCUAAAUUUCCUAUCUAUUUGCCAGCAGACUUGAGAAAGUUGCAUCUUGAAUGUUUUCCUGGAAAAAGUUUGCGAGAAUGUUUUCCUGGACAUAAUUAUAUAAAAUGUUUUCAAAUUUUCAAUAUGAUACCACGUGAGCUACAUAUAACUGGAGGAAAACUAGAAAUUAUACAUGACAUGGGAUUGCUGAAUGUGAAAAUUCUGCGUUUAAAGUACCUUAAACAAUUGAAUGUUAACAUAGACAACUUGGAAGCAAUUUUUUAUGGGCUGAAAUAUGUAGAAAUUAUACAAAUUUCAAACCACUCAUACAUUGAGCACUUCUAUGACUGAAACUUCUAAUA